ACCUUGGCUCAGACAAUCGAACUAGGGUUCCCUCAGAAUGGGGACAACUUCUCCCCCGGUCAGCAAGUGACUGCUCAGGUUAUUAAACCGCAAGCCAUGGCACCUACCGUUCAGGUUGGCAUUGCCUUAGCAAUCGAUCACUGCGAGAACGGUUCAUGCCCCGACCCUGCAGAUGGUUUAGGAUUUUAUCUCUACGCAGGCCCUUGGACACCUGAGGCCCAUGACCCUUCUUAUAUUUACUACCAGAACUUCACCGUGACCAUACCGUCUAACCUUGCAAAGGGUCCUGCUAUCUUUACGCUCACGCACCUUUGCCUCAUUGGGGUGGUUUGGUACCCGCUCCUCGAAUUUCGCAACGCGACGGUGAACAUCGUGUAA